AUGGCAGUCGCUUCGAAGGGCCGGAUUGCUGAUGUGAACCAGGAGGAGCUGACAAAGAUUGGGCCAAAGAUCGAUGACGUUCUUUCCAUUUGUUUGGCUAGCUUCGACAGCCUGCGUGAUAUGGCAUUCAAGUUCCAGUACGAGCAAGCUGCUGAAAAGGCAGCCUACCAAAGUGGCGAGACAAAGCCCGAUCCUAUGACGCAACUGAUGCACGUGCUGCAGCGGAUGGUCGAUUUGACUUUAGGUACUGCGAGGGCCGUGUACGACCAAACGCUGCUGGAGUGGAGGCGGCGCAAGGGCGAAGGGGACGCGAACUCGCCGGCCUCGCAGCUUGCCUCAUCUCAGUCCAUGACGUCCCCUGAGGUGCUCCGAAACAGUAGUGUGGAGGAUUUUGCGGCAGGCUCUCUCGCGUGGAUUGAGCGAGGCUCUCACCUCUCUCUCCUCUCCCUCGAGGUUCUCUCCUCUGUUCUGCUUGCUCACCACUACCUCCGAAAAGAUUUGCAGAAGUACAUGCUAGAUUUCAAUGCCCUUGACUACCUAGAAAAGGUGUUUAGUAUGGAACGCGAUCACGAGCUCUGCUACUUUCCAGAGGGCUUCAAGACUGAGUGCAUGCGCCUCAUAGCAAAUUUGACCCACAACAACGUCGAUGUGAACGUGGCGCUUGUCAAGCGCGACACGUUUCUGUUCAACAUCCUGUCCGCUACUCAGAUUGACGAGGAGAAUCCAGGCAUGGUAGAAUGGGCCGAGUUUGCUAUCCGCAACAUCUGCGAAUCGUCCGCUGCGGCGCGAGAAAAAAUACGAAAGCUAGCUCCGCAAGGCGUCACAGAUCAAAGCCGUGGGAUUCUUGCCGGAAGGUGCAGCUACUCCUUCUCCAGCAGCGGGAAGGUUCAACUGCAUACCCAAAAACCACCCCUGGACUAG